CUUAUAAGGGCAGGCGCGGCGCCCAGUGGGCGGCCCGGGCGGAGGGGCGGCGCCCAUCAGUCCCGCGGUGGCCGUGCAGCCAUGAGCUCCUCGCAGUUCAACAAGGGGCCCGCGUACGGGCUCUCGGCCGAGGUCCGCAGCCGGCUCCUGUCCAAAUACGACCCUGAGAAGGAGGCAGAGCUUCGCACCUGGAUCGAGGCUCUCACGGGCCUCUCCAUCGGCCCCGACUUCCAGAAGGGUCUGAAGGAUGGGGUCAUCUUAUGCACGCUCAUGAAUAAGCUCCAGCCGGGCUCUGUCCCCAAGAUCAACCACUCCAUGCAGAACUGGCACCAGCUAGAAAACCUCUCCAACUUCAUCAAGGCCAUGGUCAGCUACGGCAUGAACCCCGUGGACCUGUUCGAGGCCAACGACCUCUUUGAGAGUGGGAACAUAACGCAGGUCCAGGUGGCCCUGCUGGCACUGGCUGGGAAGGCCAAGACAAAAGGGCUGCAGAGCAGUGUGGACAUCGGGGUCAAGUACUCUGAGAGGCAGCAGCGGAACUUUGAUGAUGCUACCAUGAAGGCUGGCCAGUGCGUCAUCGGGCUGCAGAUGGGCACCAACAAGUGCGCCAGUCAGUCAGGCAUGACAGCGUAUGGCACCAGGAGGCAUCUCUAUGACCCCAAGAACCACAUCCUGCCACCUAUGGACCACUCCACCAUCAGCCUGCAGAUGGGCACCAACAAGUGUGCCAGCCAGGUGGGCAUGACUGCGCCUGGGACCCGGCGGCACAUCUAUGACACCAAGCUGGGGACGCACAGGUGUGACAGCUCCUCCAUGUCCUUGCAGAUGGGCUACACACAGGGGGCCAGCCAGAGUGGCCAGGUCUUUGGCCUGGGCCGCCAGAUAUACGACCCCAAGUACUGCCCACAAGGCCCUGUGGCAGAUGGCGGUGCGGUGGGCACCAGCGACUGCCCUGGGGAGGCCCCGGAAUGUCCCCCCUACCUGGAAGAGGCUGGCUGCUGAGCCCCCCCCCCCCCCCCCCCGUGUGCUGGGUCCCCUGCCGGCAGCAGCACCACCUGGGCUCUGGGGGGUUUCUGGGUUCUUGCUUCUUUUUUAAAGCAUUGCCAGGCAGGUCUGGGCAGCUGGGUGGGGGGCCAGGGCUUUUCCCUCCCUGCUCGGGUUUCACAGACUGAGCUGGGGGAAGGCAGUGCCCCUGCAGCGGUGGGGGUCCUCGGGACACCCCGGAGCAGAUUCCCCAGGGGCAGUGGACCUAGCUUUAUGGGGGAGAGGGGGGGAGGGGGGAGGGGGGCAGCCGGGAAGGUGCCCCCCCCCAUGGCUUCCGGUUUCCUCAUCUCUUCCCCCUACGCCUGUGGGUUUUGUACCAGCUGAAGUUUCAGGAAGUUUUAACCAAAGAAAACGAUAUUUUUUAUUUUUUUUUUCAGGAGGAUGGGGAGGGGAUGGUAGAGGGGAGUGCUCAGAAAUGGGCCUCCUUGGAGGGGUCCAGGCUGUAGCCCUUAAAUGUUUUAGACAUGUUGAGGGACCACAUUCCUAUAAGAUCAACAGCCCUGGGUCCUCUCCAGGGGCCCAGCGGGGAAACCAAGGCCCUGACAGGACAUUGAAUCUCAGUGGUUGGGGAAAACCAGACCCCCCUCACCAAGGGUCCCCCUCCCCUCAGGUCCUGCAGAUUUUAAAGACCUCCCCUGCAGCGAUUCCCCUUCUGGGUCCACUAGCUAGUAUCCCUCACCUCCUACUGCACAUGACCCCCACCCAGGAGCCCUGGACAUUGAGAUAAUGUGAAAUGCCAGUGCGGACCAAAAGCAAUAAAAACCUCUGUUUAUAAGAAAA